AAGGGGCAUGUGAGUGUUGUCGGGUUUAUGAAACUCCCGCCUGAAAAGCGGAGAAGAGGAGGGGCAUAUGAAUAUGAUAGAUCCCACAUUUGCAGCAGCUGUUGAACUGGGGUCGCUUUAUUCAUGCUUGUUAUUGUUAACUCUUAAUGUUUAGUAUUUUUUACACCCCAAAAUCCCAUCCCUUAGACCCCACUUUCUCUUUGUAGUUUGUCCCUUUUCUUUGAUUCUUGCACUUGAAAACAAUUCCUUGUUUUUCCUUUUCUUGAAAAGGCUGGUCUUUUCUUUGUGGAGUGGAGGUAUUAGAUUCCUAUGGUGUCAGCAUUGCUAGAAGAAGACAUGAACCAAUAAAUUUACUUGCUUUGCUUGCAUCUGGGGGGUUUCAUUUGAUAUUUUUUUCCCUUUUCUGGAGUGAUGCUUUGUCUAAAGGCUGAAGCUUUGGAAGAAGACCAUCGUAUUCAUCCUCAAAAUCUUGAUAGUAAUUGCAGUGAUGAGAGUGGAGAUUGCAAUGGUGGUAAUAGUGGGGGUUUUGUUUUACCAAUCAAGUGGGCAAGCUCUAUUAAUAGGUAUUUGCAAUGGAAAAGCGGCAAGGUUUGGAGCAGGUCGUUUUUGGCUCCGGACGACUCUUCUUCUGAGUUGGAGGAGGAUGCUAAGCCCCAGGAAAUGAGCGGACAAGAGAAAAGUAAGCAGAUGUGUCAUUAUAGACACCAGCUUGAAGAAGAAGUUAAAAAGUUGCAGCAGCAGUUGCAGGAAGAGACUGAUUUGCACUUAGCUCUAGCAAGUGCGGUCGAACACUCUGGUUCACAUUCACCUAAUUCUCCCAGCAAGCUUCCGUAUAAGGCCCUGGAGCUUUUAGAUAGCAUAGCUGUUCUGGAGAUCUCAGUGUCAAAGCUUGAGCAGGAAAUUCUUUCUUUACAAUAUCAGCUCAGUCAGGAGAGGAAUGAACGACGUCUUGCUGAGUACCAUUUAAAGCAUUCUCCAUGUCCGACAACAUUACUUUUCAAUUGCUCUCUGGCUCACUUAACAGAACCAAUUACGACGCCUUGCAAUGAAGAGGAAGCAGAAGAAAACGUGGAUGAUGUAUGUCUAUCAGAGGCUGCUAUUGAUAACAUUUAUAUUGUGGAGAACCUUUGGCAUCAUCCCAAUCAGCUAUCCGAAGAAAUGGUCCUGCGCAUGAGAGAUAUUUUCCUCUUCUUAGCAGAUUCAUCAAAGCUUUAUUCUUCAGAUCAUUUGGUGUCACCAGCUUCACCUCACUGUCCCCUUGCCAAUUUUUUGGCAUCUUUCUUGGACUCACCUAUAGUGACUUCCUUAGUAAAGAGUCCCUCAGUAGGUGGAGCAUCUGAUCCAUAUGGAGUCUCUGGCCAAGUCGACUGGAAAUGUAAUAUUGGGACCUACAGCACAGCAGUUGAAGUCUCAUGUUUGUCUGUUGGAAAGAAAGAACUCGAAUAUGCCACAAUGGCUCUAAAAAGAUUCAGAUUGCUUGUUGAGCAGUUGGCUGAAGUGGAUCCAUCUCAAAUGAGUUGCAACGAAAAGCUGGCAUUUUGGAUUAACCUGUAUCAUGCUCUGAUUAUGCAUGCAUGUUUAGCAUAUGGAGUUCCGAGAAACAUUAACAAACUAUUUUCCUUAAUGCAGAAGGCUUCCUAUACUGUUGGAGGACUAUCAGUGAGUGCAGCAGUCAUUGAAUGCACUAUUCUAAAAAUGAACCCUGCUACUUAUCGUCCACAAAUUGCUGCAGCUGUUGCACUUCAAAAAUUCAACUCUUCUAACGAGCAGAAAAAGUAUACAGUUGAUCAUGCAGAGCCUCUUCUAUAUUUUGCUUUAAGUUGUGGGCUACAUUCUUCGCCGGCGGUGAGGAUUUUCAGCCCUCAAAAUGUGAAUGAGUUGCUGAAAAGGUCAAUGAAAGAUUACAUUCAGGCAACUGUUGGUAUAAGUAACAAAGGGAAAGUACUGGUGCCUAAAUUGCUGCAUUGUUUUGCCAAAGGAGUUAUCGAAGACUCGCUUUUACCUGAUUGGAUUUGUCGAUUCUUGACACCGCAGCAAGCUUCCAUGGUUAAAGACUGCUUAUCUCGUAAUAAGUGGAAGCUUCUUGGUGCUAGGAGCUUCUGUGUUCUACCCUUUGAUUCUAGGUUUCGAUUUCUCUUCCUAUUGGAUGAUGAUGGGAACUCCCUUUCCUCUACAUCAUAAGACCAACUAUGCUUCGUUUUUUAACUACAAAAGUAGGCAGGCAAUUCUUCAGCACAAGGGCUGUUUCCAUGUUAUCUACUGCCUUGUAAAUUGAUCUCAUUGUAUGGUAGUUAUGCAUGGGAAAAAAUUCAAGCCAAGGUUCCUUUUUUU